AUGACAAAUAAAUUUAAAUUGAAAAUUUUAGGAACAUUUCGUGUUGUCACAGAAGAUUCGUUACAAUUUACGAUUGAUGAGGACUGUGAUAGUGAUUUCCACCAGGCACUUGCAGAUGAUUACUCGUUUGAUCCGAUUAUCGAUCAGCCAUUGAUUGAUCAUUUUAAGAAAAAAAAUGAUUGUCCACAGAAGAAAGUGAAUAGGACAACAAUUCAUUCAAGAGAAACUUCUCUGCUAACUGAUGAAGUAGAAAUUGAUAAUGAUUCUGCAUCAGAUGAAUUAGAUUUAUUACCACCACUUCCACCAUACUCGGAAUCAAAUCGAAAAUUCUCGAAAUGGAAAAUGCAAAUAUCGAAAUGGUUACUUUGCUGCAAUCCUCGAGUUCCCAUAAAAUGUACUAUCAUGUAA